UGGAUAUUGCUUGAUUGUUCUACCCCUGUUCCCACUCUCCCUAACCCCCGUGUUCUGUGAUUACCGGGACUUCUCAAGUACCGCAUCGGUUCAGACUGAUGUCGACGGAACAGGACACCGGGGCACUGCCACGACGCAGUGCCAGAAUUGCAGUUCGUGCCCGCCCUGCAGUACCUCCAAGACCGAAGAAACUCAGCAGGCGGACGACUCCAGCAGCAUCAAGUACGGCAUUGACGGACGCCACCGGAGAUCAUCCCGCAUACCCAGUCCGAGGAGCCAAUGAGCCAGCGGCUGAUUAUCGUGGGCGGCUACUGGCAUUUAUGGAAGCCGUAGCUGCCGUCGAGGCCCGGAAGGAGACAGCAGAGGCAGAACGUCAGCGGCUAGCCAAUGAAGCGGCAACCGAAACUCAGCGAACGACUGAGACUGACGCAGAGAUACGAGACAGACGGAAUGCCAGCAGCACGGAGUCCUUGAUUGCUUGUGAGCAUCAGUGGACGACGAUACUCCAAGACAUGAUCUUUGUGCCUACGGAAGCACAGGCAGACCCGACACCGGCGGAGGCAGAGAGAAGUAACGUGGCUAACUUGCUGCUGGGCAUGAUGAGAGGUAUUAUGUGGAAUAAUACACUGCUGCAUUCACAUCUGCGCACGGACGCGACGCAGCGACAAACAUACAAGAACGAUAUGACUGCGUUAACAACUGCUAUCCGCACAGAGGCAACGCAGCAGCAUCAACAGCAUCAUCUGUUGAAUUCCACUAUCACACGCGUCAACAACAUAGAGGCUAACGCCUCAGCAGCGCCAGGCUGCACGACAGACGUGACGAAGCAACUCAACGAGCGCAUCGAUCACGUCGUCACCAUCAUCGGCGACAUAAGUACUUUCAACGGACCAGACUCGAUCAGCAGCACGGUGGUCGCCAUCAAGACGGACAUCACGAAGCUACAGACGAGACCGGAAGCCGCAACAAAGACGUUCAAGAUGCCGCACUUCGACAUCAGCAAGUUCGACGAUUACAACAAGUCGGACGCCUUGUCAUGGUGGCAACGCUUCCUCACGGAAGCAUCAUGCCGCAUGGUCCCGACAGACGACCUGUUGAAGGCACUAUAUCUGCAGCUGAUUGGAGGAGCGCAGGGAUGGAUGAACCACCUAGCGGCUACACACAAGUGCACUAUCGCCGAACUCCACACGCACAUUACGUGGAAGGAGUUUGAGCAGCUAUGGUUCACCCGGUUCAUGGUCCGCAACAUCGUGAAGGCGACCAUGAAUGAGGUGUACACAUGCUCUCAAGGGAACAUGCCAACUCGAGACUGGACAACGAAGUGGCAAAAGAUAGUGACCACAGCAGGCUUCGACUUGACGUUUCCAAAUCAACGAUCCGAGUUCUUCUCGCGAUUGUGCGCGGGAUUGCGGUCGGCACUCGGUAAUGAGUACGACUAUACCACAUUCCAGGCCAUUCUGGAUCGAGCGAACUUGGUCAUCCAAACGAACGACAAGGCCGCUAACGAGAGACAAUCCCAGCCGCACUAUGUGGCUAAGCAGGCCUAUCAACGUUCGACACAACAAUGCCGUGUUUUCUGAGGAAAUCGACGACCACCACGCUGCAGCAGCAUCCUCGAGUGAUGGAGGAAUUGUCGCAGCGCUCCCGCC